AUGGCGCUCUUGGUGGCUGCUGCCGCAACGGUGGCAGUCCUGGUUUAUCCAGACAUAUUGAAAACUGGUGACGGAGGUGAUGGGAGAUUAGAGUACGAGCUGGGCCCUCUCCUCUCCCCCGGAGCGUCAAUAUUUCUACCUGGGACAGCUGAGUUUCGCGACAAGACCACAAGGUGGAUCGACAGCUUGAGCCCUGACAUUGGCGCUGUCGUAGCUGUGGCUACGGAAGAGGAUAUACAGCAGACGGUCCUGUAUUCCAACAGGCACAACCAACCUAUCCUCGCUUUCGGAGGUGGUCAUGGAGCCAUUAGCUCCAUGGAGAAAGUCCACAAUGGCAUCGAGAUCUGGAUGGGCCGGCUGAAUCACGUCAACAUCAACCCCGAUGGAAACUCUGUCACGAUAGGAGGAGGAACAAAAUCCAAGGCAGUCAUUGACCGCUUGUGGGCGGCCGGAAAGCAGACUGUAACGGGUGUCUGUGAGUGCGUCGGAAUCACGGGAGCGAUGCUUGGAGGUGGCCGUGGAACUCUUCAGGGCCAGUACGGCCUCCUGUCUGAUCAGUUGAUCAGUUCUAGACUUGUGUUGGCGAACGGGACAGCAGUCACAGCGUCCAAGGAGGAGAACCCAGACCUUUUCUGGGCGCUGCAAGGCGCUGGACAUAACUUUGGUAUUGUGAUCGAGUUCACAUCCAAGAUAUAUGACGCAAGGGUCAAUAAAACAUGGGUUUUGGAAGAGCUUGUGUUCACAGGCGAUAAGCUAGAGGAAUUGUUCUCGGUUCACAAUCGCCUCAUGGAGUCGCAGCCUCCAGAGCUGGUCCUUUGGUCCUUCCUAAAUCUCAUGCCUGAGAUUGAUCCCGUGAAGCCGGUUAUCCGCUAUAUCAUGCUCUAUGAUGGUCCAGUCUCGGAACAGCGAUCUUACGCGGCACCAAUCCACGAACUAGUGCCUAUAUCAUCGACUAGAGAAGAAAUAUCAUAUGUCGAUAUUCCUUCAAAAACUGGCACAGGUGAGAGUGACCUCUCAUGUCAGAAAGGGGCGGUGGUGCUGCGGUUUCCCAACGACUUACUAGAGAUCAAUGUUUCCGCACUGAGGCAGGCAUAUGAAACAUUCAGCGACAUGUUGGCGCAGGAACAGGCUUUUAUCCACAGUUUCUUCAUGAUCGAAGCUUUCUCCAUGCAGGCCGUGCAUGCCGUGGACAGGGAAAGCACGGCGGUGCCUUAUCGACAUAAUAAAUUACUUCUCUCACCAGCAAUCCACUACUUUCCCAACAAGAGCCUUGACACUACUGCCAAGGAAUGGGGCCAGCGAAUGCGUGACGUGCUCCUGGCCGGAAGUGGGACUUCGGAGUUGCAAGCAUACAUCAAUUAUGCUUAUGGAGAUGAGAGAAUCGAGUCUUGGUAUGGGUACGAGCCGUGGAGGCUGGAGAAACUGCGAAGAUUGAAGAGGGAGUUCGAUCCGCAUGGUAAAUUCAGUUUCUAUGCGCCAAUUGAUUGA